ACCGCUCUGGGGCCACGCAGUUGUCAACCGCCUUCGAAGGUGCACGGACCCGUUUGUAUCCAAUUUCCUUUUACUUUGCCGAAUUCUCGUCUUAAUAAAGAACUUAACUUAACCGUCUCGAAUUAAGAGUUGUUUUAGUGAGAUUAAUUAGUGAUUCGCGCAAAGAUACCAAAUCUAAAUCAAAACUUGGACAAGUUUAAAAGGAUUAAUUCGUUUUUUUGUGUUGUUUUUGGUACUAUUCCUAAUUAGUAUUAAUUAUCGGAGUGAUUGUGUUUCUUUUUUUUUAAACGGGAGUGUUAGAAACUGCUUUUAAAGUAUAGUAACGGUGCUAGGCCAAAGAAAUCCUACGAUAAAUGCGGCAAAGGACACGACGGAGCUACACAAUGAUAUCUUUCGUUCAUAGAUAACGAACCGGACGAGAGCAGACACAGUCAGCGACCGACUCCGGAGCCGUUCAAAUCACAACAAAAAAAAAUAAAGAUAAAUUUCAAGAUGCAACUGGCUCAUCUGGCUCUAGUACUUCUCUCCGUGACAUCAUCGAUUCCCGGUCAUCCAACAAAACCGUUGGAUGAACGAAGUACCGAGCUUGCAUGGCUCAUUCUUGUCCAGAACAACGAAACCGAUAGUGGACCACGGAGAAGAGUUGUUCCAAAAUCGGUGUUUAUCGCGCCAAAUUUCGAUCGACCCUGCCCAAAUGGCAUGAAAAAAGUUAAUGGGGUUUGCAGAACUUCGCACGAAUUGAACACCGUGGAACAAUUAGAUUUUUUGUACCAAAAGUUACAAUUACAAUUGGGGGGGUCUAUCAACGAUGGUCCCGCACAAUUUCAUAUUCCAAUACCGAGGGAAACUCAUGAUGAUUCUAAUUUUGAUUCCGAGACCACGGAACGAUCAAUACUUUCACAGAUCACAACAACGGAGGUCGGCACAACAACAGACAUCACCACCAUGACUCCUCCACAGGAAUCGACCACAACCAACACACCUACAACCACCGAGUGGUUCACAACCGACAAACAAACCACCACGGAACCGAUUUUCACAACGACAACAACGGGAACGACGAUAACAUCAACGGAAACGAUAAUAGAUUCUACUACGACAGAAAUACCCCAAUACACGGCAGAAACCGACUCGUUCACAACGUUCACGGUUCCGUUGGUUUAUGGAGAUGAAAAGACGGAUAAUUUUGGCUCUCCGAUAAGCACGGAUUUGUUUGGAAUGGUAAACGAUAAUGAUAAUUUGCAAUAUCAUGAUGUUUUUGCUUCAUAUAGUAGACCGGAAAGGGAUCACCGAUACUUUAAUCACCGGAAUAGGGAUAAAAAUUUGUGGAAAUUUAACCCCCCGUGGCGGGAAACACCUGAUAAUACCGUUGUUUUAGUUCCGAAGAGGAAUAAUGACCAGGACAGUUUGUACCGGAGGUUAUUACAUGAACAAUUAUCGUAUCUUCUUCGAAAGAAUAGAUGAUAACACUAAACUAAAUUGAGGAAAAGUAAUAAACUGAAAAAUUAUCGUGUGUAAAUAUUCACUCGCUAUAAAUCUAAUUGAUUACUAUUAUUAUUAUUAUUACAAAUGUUAUAAUUUGUCUGUAUUUAUUUAUUUAUUUGAUUAGAUCCUUCUAUAUAUAUAUUUUUUUCAAUUUUAUUUAAUUGUACAUAUUAUCUCCAGUAUUUCAUGUACUUACUAUUUACCAUGUUCGAAUAAACUUAUCCCACAGAGAAGUGCCAAAAAAUCACACAUCACAUCUUUUUUUGUAACUAUGUUGUAAGAUAUCUAUGUGUAUUAUUAAUAUAUUAUAUGUGUAACAAAGUCUAUAUAUAUUUGUAAAUGUACA